AUAUCAUGGUGUGAAAGACAACUUCAGACACAAGUUGAAACGAGUCUGAAGUUCAACGGCUAUUCCUUCGAUGAUUGCGAGCGAAAGUUCUCUGAUGGAUUGGGCGUAAGUGUGAACACGAACGAUGAGGAACUUUUUAUUGAAUGUAGUAGUGGCAUCGACAAAGAAAUUGUUCUACACACUUUGAAGAGUACCAUCAAAAUGAUCGUUGAAUGUUCGAACGCCAUGAAUUACAUUAUACAAAAAAAAUAA